CACAAAAGUUUAACUCCAAAUUUGCUUUUCCACACUUCUUAUAUAAAAUUGCAUAUUUCCAUUUGGCGCUCAAAAUAUCGAGCUCAUCACCCAUGGCCAUGUCGAGGCCGUCGUCGUCGCCGCUGUUGCUCGUCCUGACGGCGGCGCUCGCCGCGCUGGUCUCCACCUGCGUCGCCGACCCUGAGCCGGUGCAGGACUUCUGCGUGGCCGUCCCCCCUGCCGGCGGCGGCGCCGCCGCCUACCCCGGCUUCCCGUGCAAGCCGGCGUCCGCGGUCGUCUCCGACGACUUCUUCUUCGCGGGGCUCGCCGGCGCCGGCAGCACCGACAACGCGUUCGGGUCCAGCGUGAAGCCGGGGAACGUGCUGUCGUUCCCGGGGCUGAACACGCUCGGCCUCGCCAUCAACCGCGUCGACCUCGCCCCCGGCGGCGUCAACCCGCUGCACAGCCACCCGCGCGCCGCCGAGCUGGUGCACGUCGUCGCCGGGCAGGUGCUCGUCGGGUUCGUGAGCACGGCGGGGAAGUACUACUCCAAGGUGCUCACCGAGGGGGAGAGCUUCGUCAUCCCGCGCGGGACGAUGCACUUCCAGUACAACGUCGGCAACGCCUCCGCCCGCGCCAUGACGGUGUUCAACAGCCAGCUCCCCGGUGUCGUGGGCGCCGCGGCGGCGCUGUUCGGCGCCGACCCGGAGAUCCCCGACGCCGUCCUCGCCAAGAGCUUCCAGGUCGACGCCGAGAUCAUCAAGCUCCUCAAGUCCAAGUCCAGAAAGUGACGCGCUUCUGCCCGAUGGAGACCAUGGCUAGCUGCAGCUUUCUCUUUGCUUUUAGUUUCACGUUUGAUAUUAAAUCGCAUUCGAUGACUUGAAAUUUGAAUCCUCCUGAGCAAAUCACUCAAAUGUAUCAAAUUCUGAAUUCGAAAAAAGUUUUUUGCGUUGCAUCUGAUCUUCACGCGUCUUCUUAUCUUGUUCCACCAUGACAGUAGAACGAGCCGCCGCUCUCCGUCCCUCAUGGAAAUCUUCGUUAGUGUGGAUGAAUAGCGAGGGGAGCGGCCAUGGGCGACGGCGAAGCAGGCGUUGACGCCGACGGACGCGCUACCCGGACUUGAGGAGUCAGGAGGACCGACCGGACGAAACAGGAAGAGACAGGAAAUGGCCAACUACUACAUUAAUUAUUUUUUUUGCAACUGCUAUAAUAAUAUAUUUAUAUAUUUACCAUCUUACUUGUCUCAAAUGCCACAUAUGAGAGUAGCAAAU